AUGUCUACUUCAGAGACAGAAAGCCGGGAAAAGGAUUCGAUCAUUUCCAUAGAGCUCGGGCAAGAGAAUGAAGCCACCAAUCUUCCCGAAGCCCCUGACGGAGGGCUUCGAGCAUGGCUCGUCACAGCCGGAGCUGCUUGCGUUUUCUUCUCGGCUAUGGGCUUCUCUAAUGCCUUUGGGGUCUUUGAGGAGUACUAUUUGUCACAUCAGCUCAAUGGGCAAUCGCCUGAUAAAGUGGCGUGGAUUGGAUCUCUGGCUGUAGCUCUCCAGUUCCUAUCGGGAAACAUUGGUGGGCCGUUGUUUGAUCGGUUUGGCACAUGGGUGCUCCGACCAGCUAUGGUACUAUAUGUCUUUUCUAUUAUGAUGACAAGCUUGUGCAAAGAAUAUUGGCAGUUCAUGCUUGCUCAGGGUGUUUUAAUGGGUACUGUUAUGGGAUUCCUUCAAUUCCCGGCUAUGGCAGCACUGUCUCAAUUCUUUAAUAAGAAACGAGCAGCAGCCUUAGGAAUAGCAAUUUCUGGAUCGUCUCUCGGCGGAGUCAUCUUUCCUAUUGCCUUGUCUAAGAUGCUGAACGAUACUUCUCUCGGAUUUGGUUGGUCAGUACGAAUUAUUGGAUUCGUCACUAUUCCUCUCCUUGGGUUUGCAUGUGUGGCCAUCACAUCUCGUCUGCCGCCUAGAACAACCACCUUCUUUGUCUGGCAGGCAUUUAAAGAAACGAGAUUUAUUCUCUUAACAAUUGCGCUAUUCUUCAUGCUUCUUGGAACAUUUGUACCGCUAUUCUACAUCCCAACGUACGCGGUCUCGAGAGGUAUGGACCCAACACUCGCCUCUUACCUUCUAGCGAUCAUAAAUGCGGCAUCCACAUUUGGUCGUGUCAUUCCGGGUGUACUGGCCGACAAAUUCGGACGACUAAAUAUGUUCGCAAUCGGUGGAAUUAUAACCAGUAUUGUUAUAUUCUGCUGGAACAAAACGGAAUCAACCGCAGCGUUAGUGGUAUACUCUAUCGCUAUCGGAUUUAGCACCGGAACCGUCAUUUCAGGGGCAUCGGCAGCGUUUACGGAAGUCCCCAAAGACCCCCGAGACAUAGGCACAUACCUAGGUAUGGGGAUGAGCCUCAGCUCUAUCGCGGCCUUGAUAGGCCCCCCGGUAAAUGGAGUAUUCGUUAGUAAAUAUGGAGGAUACUCUGAAGUAUCUAUAUUUAGUGGCGCGACGGUCUUGAUGGGCGGUGUUAUAGCUCUUGCAACCAAAGCUACAACAUCUAAAGGUCUCCUAGGAAGGAUAUGA